GGCACGUGUGGCAAUUUACCGUCAAUGGAUACAUAAAUUGAGCCACACGUUUGGCGUGACGGCACUUAAAAAUGUUACACAAUUAAGGGUAAUGGAACGUAAAAAUGGAUGAUAAGCGCCUUCCUUGUACUGAGUGACUCGUGUAUAACUGCUGAACAGUUUCGACAAGCAGGAUGUUUGUAUUGGUUGAGAUGGUCGAUACUGUGAGGAUUCCUCCAUGGAACUUUCAGAGGCAGCUCAAUGAAGCUGUUACAGAGGAACUCAAUAAAAAAUUGGCGAACAAGGUGGUUUACAAUGUUGGACUGUGCAUCUGUCUUUAUGACAUAAUAAAGUUGGAGGACUCCUACAUAUUCCCUGGUGACGGUGCCUCUCACACAAAAGUCCAUUUCAGGUAUGUGGUGUUCCACCCAUUCUUGGAUGAGAUACUUGUGGGCAAAAUUAAAUACUGCAGCCAGGAGGGGGUACACGUCAGUCUUGGAUUUUUUGAUGACAUAGUCAUUCCUCCAGAGUCUUUACAACAGCCUGCUAAAUUUGAUGAGGCAGAGCAGGUAUGGCUGUGGGAGUAUGAGACAGACGAGGGAGCCCACGACCUCUACAUGGACCAGGGCGAGGAGAUCCGCUUCCGGGUUUCAGAUGAGCUCUUCCUGGACACCUCGCCCACGGGGCCGAGUAAGGCCUCAGAGACGCCAGCAGCACCAGGGGUACCAGAGACUGAGCAGAAGAAAGAGGCUCCAUACACACUCAUAGGCUCUAUAAGUGAACCAGGCUUGGGUCUUCUGUCGUGGUGGAACAACUAGUUAAUGGAGGGUUGAUGCCACACAAAAGGACAAGUUGCCAUCCCUAGCCACUGAAUGAACCUUCUGCCCUCUUCAGCUAUAAGUAUGAAUCACCCAAAAUCUGCUACUGUUGUAAUUCUGGUCGUUACACAGUUGAAGGAUUGGCUCUAGAUGGUCGUAGUAUAUGGUCGUAUUAUGUUUUGUAAUGAAAGCAAAGCACUGUUUCUUUAGGCUGCACACAGUUACUCUUAAUCCAUUAUCAGACUCCAUCAAUUCCUCUUUGGAAACAUACUUAUUGCAGAAACUUACUAGAGUUUUGUUUGAAAAAUCUAUUUAUUUAUAUCUGAAAAUUUGAAAAGGGCCAAUGAGAACCAAGUGUUUCAGAUUCAUUCCUGUCUGAAUAAUUGUAAUCUCGAGAAUGUUAACAGUAUGUCUCUCCAGCACAUGGCAGUGAUGAAUUUGACAUGUUGUGUGGAUGAACUUUGUAUUUGCAUAAUGUGUCAAGAAUUUAAUAAAUAUUGGAAUGCUGCUUUC